CCCGGAUGUGAUUUAUUACAGUGAAUGCAUCAUUUGAAGGAGUGGGAAAGGUUGCGUGCUGAUUCGGCGUGUCUAACUUGUGACAGAAAGCGCAAGAAGGUGUCUGAUGUCACUGAUGAUGGAGUCAUUUCUCAUUUCUCAUCUGACUCUGACUCGGACGAAGUUAAUCAUCUCAAACCAAAACCCAAGACACAAGCAAUCACUGGAACACACACGAAAAAGCUAAAACUAAAAAACUCAAUUUACGUUUGCACAGACAAGAGAGAGAUGCAAACAGUUUCAAUCAAUAGACUGACAGAAGACUUUGUAGGAGACGAGCCACGUGUUGAGAAUUUUGUAGACUCGUUUGUGUCACCAGUAAAGAGAGUAGAUGCGAGUGUUGUGAUGUCUAUGGAAGAUAAGAGUGCAGACAAGGUUGAUCAUGAGGCCGUUGGUCGAGUGGAUGAGAUUGACUUGUUUCAGUCUUCAGAUGAAGAAAGUGGACCGACUCUAUCUACUGCCCACGGUUCUCACUGGCUUGACAAUGUCAAGAAAGAGUCAUCAUUUAGCGUUGAACAUGCAGCAGAAACGUUACUCAUUGACUCUGCAAAGAAGAAGAGAAUAAAGUUUAUAAAGAAUGGAUUAGCUGAGCAGCUGCAGAAGGUUUGCUCACGUGAACGGUCAGACAUUGCAUUUUGGAAACUCAAGAAACUAAAAGAGAAAGAGAAAGAGGAGGCAAUAGAACUGCGAGUGUUGAGUCACUUUGUAGAAGCAUCUCUUCUUGUUGCUCAUUGCUCUGUGUUAAGCGAUGGACAGUACAGGGAUUGUGGUUGUGUUGAUGUGAUUUUCAAUGCUGACACACACACGGGUCUAGAGGUGGGAGAGGGAGCUAUAGUUACAAUACAUCCUCCAUGGCAAGAAAUGGUCAUUCCACCUUCUCCAUUUCCGGUCUUACUCUGCACUUAUUACUACCAUUUAUCAUCACAUCAACACGAGCCAACUGACAUUUCAUACAGAAGGAAAGUCCUCCUUUCGCCUGUGAAAAUGGAUUCAACCUUUAGCACUCUGAAACGAUGUGAUGCUUUAAAAUCGAGAAAGUGUGUUAAACGUGCAAUUCAUUUUGAUGAAAUGGAGACCGAAGAGACGACUCACACAGAUGCUGACGCAUCACAUCGUUCCCUUCCGACCGAGGGAUUUCUUACGACUGUUAAAGCAGUGACACAUUGCUUGUCCAGUCAACAGUACAGCUCAAUUGUUGAAGCUAUUGAGAGCCAAGGAGGCGUGUUGGCCACACAUCUUAACAUCGUGGGACGUGUGCAACGUGUUUAUAGGAGAUCAAUGGCAUCCAGAAGGAGAGAAGCCACAAAGACUAGUAGCUGUGCUCGGUCACUUCGUAUGGAAAUUGAUCAAGAACGAAUGCAAGAGCAAUGUUGGUGUCUAUUGGCUCAAGACUCAUCUGCAAUGUGUUUCGAAAUCAUUCUUUCCAACUUCAGUGAAGACCAGCCUGCAUGGUCUCAGUGUGUUGAGUCGGGUGAAGGCAGUGUUUAUCAGUUUUCCGGCCUACGAAUCAUCAGAAGAACAAACACAGUUAGAUCUCCUAGUUUGUUUAGUUUAAUCACGUCUGUACGUUCUGUUCAACAGCGUAUGGCUGUAUGCCCUCAACAGUCUGACAACAAGUCGCAUUCUACAGCUGAGAGUCACGAAGGGUCACAAGUGUCCGUGCAGACGUAUUGCUAUGUUCUGUCGAAUACAGCAGGAAGAGAGUUGCGUAUGCUUAAGUGUGAUGAGAAUGAAGUGGAUGUCAGUAAGUUCCCGAGCUAUGCUACGUCACCAGCUGUGGAGUCAUUUCAGCUACAUGCAGGAUUGAUAAAUCAUCGGUGCAGUCUACUAGGAAGCAUCCUCUACUAUCACACCAGCGAUUCAUCAUCCAUUCAAGACGACCAUCUAUUCAUCACAUCACACGAACCACCCAAUACAGGCUCUCAUAUCAUCCACAUCUCCCUCACAACAGACUUCAAACAAACGAACGUUGAAGCAAAAUUACUGUUUGGCAACAGUCUUGUCUGUCUUCGUGAUCUCCUAAUCACUAGAAGAGAGUCUGUGGUUUGUCUUGUUGCUGAUGGUUUCACUGUUGUUCAGAGAGUCAUGGCUGCAUCUAAAGGACAAGUGACUUCAACGUGUGUUAUAGAGGAUCAGAGGUGGGAUAUUCUGAUGAGACUGCAGCCUCCUGUACUACCACAGUUGGCAUGUGAUGCAUCAGUAAACAGCUUAGUAUGCGUUACAGGCAACAUCAGUGACAUCGAUGAGACGGCAGCCUACUGCUGGCCAAAAUGCAACGUCUGUGGCAAUGAUGACCUUGAAGAGUACAAUCUCACAGGAGAAACGCAGGGUUUAUACUGCAGUCGAUGUACUUGUCAUGUCACCAACCCACAAGUUGGUAUGGACCUUACUGUGUGUGUGACCAGAGAUGAUGUUCCAGACUGUUCAGUGACUGUUCAGCUGUUGCAGUCGACAAUUGAAAUGCUUCUACCAGAGUCAUCAACGCAGAAUGUGGAGAAGGGCUACGACCUCCACACAGUCCAAGGUCAGCACCUUCCACCAACAACAUGCUUCAUACUUUCAGCAGCAAAUCAAGCAAACGGGUGCAGGCAUUUUAUUACACAACAAGUCGCUCUACGUCACUGAUACAUACAAUCAGUCAAACCAAUAGCAUACAAGGAAAGAUAUCAUGGUGUACAUGUGUCACGUGACUAUCACGCGACUAUAACCUUGUCCAAG